UUUUCAAGAUAAACAAAUAUAUAUACCUACAAACCUAUUAUAAUGUUUGCAAACCGUCCAAGAAAUCCAGAUGCACAAAAUCUGUAAUUUUCGCGGAAAUUUUUUGGAAAUCCUUUUUUGUUUUAACCAAUUAUGACAAAAAAAGGCUACGUAACGUUGAAUUUUGAACUUUUCGCAAUAUUAUUGCUUGCGCGAAGGUGUCACUGACACCCACCAUCAAGCCAGUCGCCAAGCCAACAGCGAGCGGCAUUCGCUCUGCCAGAAAAACACCCGCUGCAACAGCUACAACACAAAUUGAAGCCAGUGAGCACUGCUGAAAGACUUUAUUCGACCAGUGAGUCGGCUAGUUGGCUGCACGAUCAACUUCAAUAUCAUCAUCAUGACAAUCAUCACCAUCAUUAUUCGUAAUCGGUAUCAACUAUAGCAAUAACAGCAUUGGCAAUCGCGUAACACAUGGGUUUUACUUUAUAAUAUACGAAUAAAAAUUUCGUUGUUUUUGUUGGUCAUCGGCGUCGAUGCCGUUGCAGUCAUUCGGUCGCACGCUCGCGCACCAACAAUUGACGAGUCCCUGAGCGGUGCCUCGAACGCGUCAGCGUCGCUGCUACCGCCGUUUUAGUCACUGAGUUUUGUGUGAAUGCCACGGCCACUGCAAGAGGAAACGUGAAAUGCAUUUGCCAUUUACCUCUAGUCGAGCUUUUUAUAAUCUACAUGCAUGUGUACAUAUGCAUACUUCAUUAAUGAAAAGCAGACAAUAUAAUAACAAAUACAAUAAUUUCGCGUAAAUUAAUCAGCAAUUCGGGAUGUUUGCGAAAUCAGCAAUAUGUAUCGAGGAAAUUUAGGCAAUUAUAUGUAUAAGAAUAAUAAAAUGUUUAAUUGUGAAUAACUCAAAAAAUACGUUGAAAAUUUGUCAUUAACUUUUAAUCUGGAUGCAGCUCAAAAAUAUUUAUAUGAGUGUGUGUUAGUGCAAUUUAUUGGUUUUUAUAAAAAAGUAAUAAGAUACAAAAGCGGGGCAUACUCUCAUCGAUUUAUGUGUGCAUGUAUGCAAAGUGAAUGAAUUCGGUUCGUGCGAACCUCAUCUACCCCAAGGGCAAUAAACCUAAUAUUGCAUGCGAUAUCAAUACAUCACAUCACAUCACAUCGCGCGGGGUCAACGACAGAGUGUGCUGCUGUUUAAACGCUGCCGUGUGAGUGAGAGUGGAAGAGUACGACCUCGGACGGCUUUUUACGCCACUGCCACCGCUACUGCCACUGCCGUGCAGACCAGCUACUGACAGUCAAAUCGACUGUCACUGCCGUUUUAUCGCUUUGACGGUUGUUAUUGUAGUAGUUGUCGUUGCAUUCGUCACGCAGAGCCGCCGUACUGCUGCUGCGACAUGCACUGAAAGUGCCUUUGGUUUCUACGCUACUGUGGACUAUGCCUCUGCCACUGUACCGUUCGGUCGUUGUCAUUACUGUUGUUGUCAAAUGGUUGUUAUUGGGAUAAUUUUUUUUUUGCAAUUUGCCAACUGACAAUCGCAUAUGUGUGACGAAUAAAUAUGAUAUAAUAAAUUUAAAAACAUCGAAAUAAUACGGAAUUCAUUCUACUAAAAUAUAUACGCAGUUUAAUAUCGAUCAGGAAUGAAAUAUUGCACUAAAUUGAAUAAGUGACGUUCUGGGUACCGCGUUAAUUGACUUGUUUGCAUGCCCAUCAUUGCUAGAUCGUUGUAUGAACAUAUGAACGUUUUAAUAUUAGUUGGAGUUUAAAUAUGGCCUUGGCACAGGAAUAAUCCUUUUCCCUUUUAAAAGUUUCCAAUGAGCUCGCGCUUCAAUGCUGGGUUAUACAAACUUCUAUAAAUGCGUCCCCGAAGAACUAAGGUGGGGUUUGUGGAUGUUAAUGGAAAGACUUUACAUAUUCAUGGAAUUCGAUGCAAAAUAAAGAGGCCAGCAUAGCAGUGAUAAAAAUAAAUAAAAGAACCAAUAACUAUAAUUUAAAAACAAAAAAAUACUCUAAAUUUUUCAAACUAGAAAAUUGAUAUCAAAACUCAAAGGAGACAGAGAAAAUCGAGUUUUUGACUGUGUGCUUUCGUGGUUCCGGAAGGUAUGAGAAAUGUACAGGCAGUUAAGGGCAGAUUGCAGAUUUAAAGUUAUAAAAUACGGAAGAGGAAAGGAAAGCACACAAAAACAAAAAAUAACGGUAAUAAAAGAAAUAUAAAAUACAAUGGGAAACCACUUUUAAACGACUGAUUAACUGAUAAUGAAUAAACAGCAUUGUAAAAUAAAAUUACCAUAUCGUUUAAAGACUAGUAAAACAUAUUAUCCAACACUGCCUUCAUUUAAAGAAACAAUAACAAAAAAACCUUCAACGCGUAUAACAAUAAUUUUAAUUCAACAGAAGAAUAUCUGGCGUUUUAUAUCACCAAUUGCUGUUCCAAAAACCUGAUCUUAUAAGCAUUCGGUAAAUUAGAUAAGUUUCGAAAUAUAAAAUCAAAGACGAAAAAACCACAAUUUUUAAAGAAACCCAAUGCCGUGAUAUUAGAAAUAUUUUCGAUUUUUACUAUUAUAUACACUAUUUACAAUUUAUCGGAAACUAUAUUCGUCCAAAAUUUUUUAAUAGUUAUAUGUACAUUACGGACUUUUUGUACAAAGAAAAAUUUUUAUUGAAGUAAGCAAACAAAGUAGUGAUUAGCCUGAUAUAAAUACAAUAAAUUCCGUCGUAAGUAAAGUGCCUCCAAAUUCUACAUACAAAAAAGGAAAUUUCAUCAAAAACAAUAAGUGCUUUAGUAAAGAAUAAUAUAGAAUUAAUAAGAGGAAAGGAGUAUAACGUACACCAAAAUAUCGUAACUUUCUAAGCCGCUAAGAUCGUUUAUCCGAGACAUAUACCAGCACUGCCCUAACGUUAAUACGGUUGAGUGAAGCCAGUUACAGCACUGCAUUAUUCACAGUGGGAAAUAUUUCAACGAAAGUGCCACACAAACACACACUGGCACUGGCGGAAGUUUGCAGUGGCUCUGCCUUAUCGGCAAUGCCAUUUAUCGAUGACGCACUCCUUUGGUGUCCGGAUAAUGAUGGUCGUAUGGUUGGUGGCUUAGAUAUUGCACCAUGCAUGCAAGAGGAAGCCGCCACUAGUAACAACAAUGAGAAUGUAAACGAGUCGACGCAACUGGAUGAACGCAACACGGAGCUCAAUUCCCUAGAACCGCUUUGUAAUGAGUCUUCCGACGAACUAUUUCGCCAAUUGUCUGAAAGCAACUUCGAGAUUGAGAGUUUGCUGUCUGAUCUGGCAACAGUUGAGGUUAAAGAGGAGAACAACAACAGCAUAGGCGAACAAGUGGCGGGCGUAACAACUAGUGAUAGCUUUGUGCCAUUGGAAGCUGCCGCUGUUGUCGCUUCCGGUGUACUUAGUCCUGCUUGCGCAAAUACCAAUGGAUCAGCAGGUGGUGGGGACGUUGGUAUAACGAUAGAAGGUGCCGCCGAGUCCACCUUGCUAGCACUAACCUCACACUGCGAAUCGCUCACUGCGAAACCAAUAAACCAAAGUCAAAAAACAACCUCGAGUGGAAAUAUUGUCCGAGAGGAAGGCGUAAGAGGCGGUAAUUCUUAUAUAAGUAGCAGCAAUGACAGCGUGGAGCAUGCGCAUGAAACAAAUGCACGACGUUUUUUAAUUGCCUCUAACCCACUGCUAGCUGAAAAAUUACUCGCUAAAAGUAUACUCAACACAGAUAUCAGCAACAGUGCGACGGCGAAGACGACAGACUUCGAUGAUACUGAAAUUCCAGUCAUAAAGCAAUCACCAAGUCCAAGCCCACUGUUAACAAACCAUCAGCAUCAUCACCAUCAGCAACAGCAGCCACACCAACAACAGCAACCAUCACAGCACCACCAACAACAGGGUACCACUUAUACGGGAUCUUCAAGUGUUAUACACAUAAAAUCCGAACAAAACGUUGUACUUUCACCACAACACCAACAGCAGCAAGCGCAACAGCAGCAGCAGCACGUAAACGGCCUGCCACAGCAUAGCGGCCCACUCUCAGGGUCAGGUGCGAAUAAUCAACUCCAACCACUGGCCAUACCACAUCGACCAUUACUACACAAUCUGCUGAGUGGCGGCUCAAUACAUAAUUCACAUCACAGGACCUAUGGAGCACCUACAACAGGUUCAUUUCCCCCCAGUCCAGCUGAUAGCGGCGUGUCUGACGUGGACAGUUCUAGCUCUGGAGGACAGCCAUGUAGCGAUGAGAUAAAAGCGAGGCUUGGUAUACCUGCACAUUGUCACCCGCAUGCGUCUCAUAUACCAUCCGGAACAUUUCUACAUCCCAACCUCUAUCAAAACACAGCGUCGUUACGAAAUAUAUGGAGUCGAAGUGUUGGAAUGACCGAUGGUUAUUACUUGCCACUUGCGACCGGUACAAACCCAUCCAAUGGUGCGUCUGUGAGUAGCAGCAGUGGUGCGAAUGGCGGUGCAGUCGGGACGUUGAAUGGCACUAAUGCGACAGCGUACUCAACGACACCUUACUUCACCACACCUUCUCCGCCACGCGCUAAUCCCGGCCUCACUCCACAUCAUUCCCUGCACGCACACCAACAACACUUGCACCACCAUCAGCAUUCCUCGCUGGCCAACAGCCAGGCGACCGCUGCCGGUGGUGUGCUGCAUCAACCAAGUGUAAUCCAACCAACAACGUCCAAUGUCAACUAUGAUCUCUCCUAUAUGCUGGAGCUUGGCGGUUUCCCACAGCGAAAAGUGAAAAAACCGCGAAAGCCAAAAAUAGAAAUGGGUGUUAAGCGACGUAGUCGAGAAGGUUCUACAACAUACCUAUGGGAAUUCCUUCUGAAGUUGCUGCAGGAUCGAGAAUACUGUCCGCGCUUCAUUAAGUGGACAAAUCGUGAGAAGGGUGUAUUCAAGCUGGUCGACUCGAAGGCAGUGUCACGGCUAUGGGGAAUGCAUAAGAACAAACCGGAUAUGAAUUACGAGACAAUGGGACGAGCCCUUCGAUAUUACUACCAGCGUGGCAUACUGGCUAAAGUGGAUGGGCAACGGCUGGUCUACCAAUUUGUGGAUGUGCCAAAGGAUAUUGUAGAGAUCGAUUGCAAUGGAGUGUAAAUGUGUGUGAUGGGAGCAUACUGGGGCCAGUGUUGGCACAACUAAAAACAUGCAUAAACGACAUAGAUUUUUGGGCUGUACAUUCCAUUGAGAAUUAACGCAUCACCUACAACUUAAGUGGAUUUUGUGGAAUGUACAAAGCAAUACAAAUCGCUCGAAAUCUCAGCCAAAUUUCGGGGAAUAUAAAUAUUCGCGGAUUACAGCAGUUUUAUACAAAGAAGGAUGCAUACUGUAAAGAAUUUGUAUUUAUUAGAUCUUUUUUAUGUUAAUAUUAGUUAUAGAGAAAUAAUUGUGUGUAAGGCUCGCUAAAAAGAAAUUGUAUAUUUUAGAUACACAAUAACAUACAAUAUAUCUAAUAAAAAACCAGUAGUUAUAUUUAUGUUUAAUAAGAAAUAUGUUGAAAACACAGUGUUGUAAUAUUUUCAAAUUGUUAUUAAUUAUUAGUAAAAUUAAAAAUGAAUGAUAGAGGGGCGUUUACAAGUAUGAACCUUUUACAUAAAUUAUGUGUAUAUGUAUGUCUGGCUAAGGCAUAUGAAUACUAUUAAUUUGUUUUUGUUGCUUAUUUUAUAGUAAACUCUAAAGAGUAUAGAUACACAUAAAUAUAGAUUAAUAUUUUGUAACAUAAGUCAUGAAUGUUGAAAUAUAUUAACUCUAGUUUUACUGUCCCCGAAUACUAUAUAUACCUAGAUACAUUUUCUUUGUUUUCUUCUUCCUUUUUAUGUUUCUAAAUUUUAACUAGAAAGCAAAAACAACAACAACAAAUCUCACUGUUAACAGUUAAGAAAACCAUGUUACGCUCCAAACAGGCUCAAGCGUAUGAAUUAUUCAUACUUGUUGUUAGGUCAAAAAAUAUACAUAAGUAUGUGAUGGACUAGGUUUUUUUACCUCGUUAUGAUUGCUUUAGGAAAUAAUUUUCUAUGUGUAACACAUAGCUAAACACAAAUAGCAUCGAUUUAAAAUGCUUGUAUUUAGAUAAACAAAUUGAUACAAAAAUGUAUUUGUAGGUUACAACGCGCCAACAUACAUACACACAUGUUUUAACCCGAAAUUCGAAAAUGUAUUAUAUUUUUGAGGCAAACCCAACCCGCUUACCACCUUCCAAUUCAAUCCGGCUAAGAGGCUAUCUGCCGGCUGGUGGCGGAACGAACAGAGCAGCCUAUGUCUGGAAGUGGACUCUUAACAUUGACAUCUUCUCCUCACGCUAGGAUUUGCAUUUACAAAACCACAUAAAUAUUAUACAUAUGUACAUAUAUACAUAUAUACCCAUAUAUGGGUAUUGUACAUACGAUUUACAUCAUUUCUGUCACAUAAACCGUGAGCAUUUCUUUUCGCUUCCCCAAAAGCUUAUUUUAACAGCGACAGUAGUACAAAUAAAAUUAUAUCAUACAUAUGUGCAAAUAUAAGAUGACAAUGUAAACAAAUUGCAAGAAAACUAUUAGGGCAAAAUUACGACUCCACUUCGUCCACUACAUACAUAUUUGCCCUUUCUGGGGCAGAAUGUGAAUGGCAAAAAAGAUUAUUCAAAAAGAUGAAAAUAAAUAAGAUAUGAAUUAUUCAAAGAUAAAUGUGAUAACCCGUGAUAUUGGAUUUUUUAAAUUAGAUACAAAAACAUUAAGGCAAUAAUUGGAACUGAACGAAAUUUGCAUUAGCUUGGCUGUAUAUGUAAAGAAGAAAGAGUGCUUGAGUAGUAAAUAAAAGUUGUAUGUGGAGUGAUUGCAAGUAUAAAACUGAUAACAUAACUCAUUUAUUUAUCAACCUGGAUAAUUAUUCGUUUGACUAUACUGAAACAUUCAAUAAACUUUCGAUAAUGUCCUACUUGCCCCGACUAAUUGUUGUUGUUGUUUUUGAGCAUCUAAAUUGUACACAAGAUAGCGAGAAAUAUUUUUUAUUCCCGUUAUUCAAAAUCUUCAAAAGAUUUCAUUGUUUCGUGUCAAAAUGUACUCGAGUAUUUUGUUUUUGCCGCAAAAAUACCGUCAAAUGUCACUGCCGCAUGCAAAAAUAGCAGUAAUUGUAAUAUUUUAAAGCAACAUAAAAAACAACUUCCAAACUAGUGCAGGACUGAGUCCUGUGGCCACUGCCUAAAUGUGCAAUUUAUAUUUUUUUUUAUUAAAGUAAAGAAAUUAAAAAAAAAACUUAAUAAUGUUAGUAUCGUUUAAGUAUUGUUUAAGUUGUAAAAUGUAAAAGAAAAUCAAAAACCUAUAUGUAUAUAUACAUGCCCAUAUACCUGAAUUCGUAUUUGAAACUAUUUAAAUUUUAUUGGCUUUGAGAAAACGAGUCCUGGACUUUUCUUACUUUACUUCCUUUUCAAAUUAAAUUUUUUAUUUUAGUAAAUA